AGCCCGCUGUGUAUACUUCCUGCUUUGUCGCUGGUAGUGGAGUUGAGUUGACAGGGGAAGAAGCGGUGAAUUCUGAUCGAUUAUUGGUGAUUAGUGAAAGUAACUGAGAGGGGGGUUAUUUUACAGCUCUGUGGAAACUCCAGCGCUCCUGAUGGUGACAUAAGAGAUGAGGGAGGUGAAUGAGAGGACGCGGUCUAUGCGCAGACUCAGGCAGUGACACCAUCUCUCGCCCAGAAAGAGAGCGCCACGUCACUAACCUGUGGAGACUAAACUGAAGUGGAACAGAGGGACCAAGCUCAACCCACCACAUUAAACUGAGUCUAAAUUAAAGAGACUAGAAAUCUGAGGACAUAACUCACAGCUCACACCUCCAGAAAACCAAAAUGACGUCCUCCAACUGGGGUCUGAUUAUGAACGUUGUGAACAGCAUAGUGGGGGUCAGUGUGCUGACCAUGCCCUUCUGCUUCAAACAGUGUGGUAUUGUGUUAGGCACCCUGCUGCUAUUCUUCUGCUCAUGGAUGACCCAUCAGUCCUGUAUGUUCCUGGUCCACACAGCCAGCAACACCAAGCGUAGGACUUAUGCAGGGCUGGCUUUUCAUGCUUACGGUAAACCAGGAAAGGCGCUUGUAGAAUUGAGUAUGAUAGGGCUAAUGUUGGGAACAUGCAUCGCCUUCUAUGUCGUCAUUGCUGAUCUGGGAUCCAACUUUUUUGCCCAGCUAUUAGGUCUGCAGGUAACAGGCAGCUUUCGUGUUGUGUUGCUGAUUGCUGUGUCACUGUUUAUUGUGCUACCUCUAAGCCUGCAGAGGAACAUGAUGUCCUCCAUCCAGUCAUUUUCAGCCAUGGCACUGAUCUUCUACACUCUCUUUAUGUUCACGAUAGUGUUGUCCUCCCUGCGUUACGGCAUUAUCAGUGGGUCAUGGGUGGAGCGAGUGCACCUGUGGCGCCUCAAGGGUGUGGUGCAGUGUCUGCCAAUUAUCGCCACUACCUUCUGCUGCCACCCGCAGGUGCUGCCAACAUAUGACAGCCUGGAUGAGCCCUCAGUCAAGAGAAUGAGCACCAUCUUCACCUCUUCUCUCAAUGUUGUCACCACCUUUUACAUCACUGUGGGAUUCUUCGGCUAUGUGAGUUUCACAGACACCAUAGCUGGAAAUGUACUGAUGAAUUUCCCCUCUAACCUGGUGACCGAAAUGAUCCGAGUGGGCUUCAUGAUGUCUGUGGCGGUCGGCUUCCCCAUGAUGAUCUUGCCCUGCAGACAGGCUAUCAACACCAUGCUGUUUGAGCAGCAGCAGAAGGAUGGCACAUUUGCUGCUGGGGGGUAUAUGCCCCCCCUUCGCUUCAAGAGCAUCACUCUCUGCAUCGUCUUUGGCACCAUGCUGGGGGGUAUUCUUAUCCCUAAUGUGGAGACUAUCCUUGGUCUGACGGGAGCCACUAUGGGCAGCCUGAUCUGUUUUAUCUGUCCGGCUCUCAUCUACAGAAAAAUCAUGAAGAAUGGCCUAACAGCUCAGCUAGUUUUGUGGGUCGGUCUUGGGAUUCUGCUCUUAAGCACCGUCACCACUCUGUCCAUCUCCUCCAGUGAGCCAGCUCAACCAGGCCCGCCCGCUGCAGUGCCCAAACCCAACGACAAACAGCCUGACUUCGUCAUUCCAGACCUUCCCAAACACCACGCUGAGGGAACCCCAGUGGCCCCAGUGCUAGCAGAAAGACUGGACCCAGUUGUGGAUAGGGUCCUAACUGUAGAGAAGGUGCUGGGUCAUGAGGAGAAGGAUCCAGCUGAACCACCUCAGAUAAAAGGACCUAUAGAAGAGCCUGAGAGAAAGAACAAAGAGGAGGUGCAACUGGACCGUCCUGGGGCAGAAGUUGCAGUGGCUGAUGUAGAAGCCCACCGCCAUGAACCGCCCAUCCCUCAUGACGAGGUACAAAUUGAGGAGCGCAAGAACCAACAGGAACUAGAUGAACAGAACCAGCCUGUUAUAAAUGAAGAGAAGGAGCUAGACCAGCAGGCUGCAGGACAGGUUCCAGAGGUGCCGAAAGAGGUGGAGAACCCACAAGUCGUGCCUAAGAAGCAAGAAAGUGUAGAGGACCAUCAGGCUCAGGAUGUGCUUGGUGAAGCUCCGAAGAAGGAGGAAGAGAAGAAGGGAGCGGAGCCGGUGGUGGUGGUGCGUAAGGAAGUCGAAGAGCCGUCUUUAGUGAAGAAGCAGCAGGUAGAGAACGAAGUAGUUGCUGAUAAGAAAUCAGCGGAGAAUGAUAAAAAAGCAGUUGAACAGGAGGAUGGAAACAAGCCUGAGGUGGUGGCUCCUGUGGCUGAGGGGCAUGAUGGAGCUGCUGUUCAAGAGCCAAAAGAGGAGAAGAUUCAGGGUGGAAAGGAGCCCAAGGAGGGAGAUGGAGACAAGAUGGAGGUGAUUAAAAAGAUUGUUGCAGAGGGGGUGCUUGACCACGCCGUGCUGCUGCAGGUGAUCAAGGAGCAACAAGAGCAGCAGAAGAGGCUACUGGACCAGCAGGAGAAGCUCCUGGCUGUCAUCGAGGAGCAGCACAAAGAGAUUCACCAAAAGAAAGAAGAGGAUGAGGAACCCAAAGCUGCAGGAGGUGAAGUCGCUGCAGAGGUGGGCAAAGGAGUACAGCAGCAGCCUGAAGCAGUGGAGGAGGCAGUAAGGGUAAAAGCUCCAGAACAAGGGUCAGACAACCAUCAAGAACCACAUGUAGCUGCAUCCCAAGAAAAGGAAGCCCAUGCUGUGAAGAAACCAGCACAAGAGCUUGACGAACCAGCACAAGGUGAAGCUGUGGUGCCUCAAAAGGUGGAUAAGGAGCCUCCUCAAGAAGCACAAAAUGUGGGUGAUGUAAAAGUGCAGCCUGACAAUUCGCAGAAGGAGCUGGGUGCAAGGGGUGUUCCACUGCACCAGCACAACCCUGAACCUGCCAAAGCUGUAGCAGAAAAGCCCAAAGACAGUCUGGAGCAGAGGAAACCUGAAGACAUUGCAGCAGAAGAGGAGAUAGUUAGAAAGAGGCUUGUGCAGCUAGAAGCAGAGAAGGAGAGGAUUGAAAAAGAAAAAUUGGAGAAAGAGAGGAUUGAGAAGGAAGUACUAGCCAGAGUGGAGAAAGAACGCAAGGAGAGGGAGAGAAAAGAGAAGCUUAUGCGGGAUCAAGAGCUGGAACGCAUUCGCCAGGAGAAAGAGCGGUUAGAGAGUGAGCGUCUGGAGGCAGAAAGGCUGAAGAUGGAGCAGCAGAAGACCGAUAAUGAGCUUGUGAAGCUGGCGGAGAGGGAGCAGAAGAUGGAGGAGCAGAGAGAAAAACUGGCCCAGAUGCAGCAGGUAAUCGACAGCAAGAGGGACGACAGUCAGAAGGUGGCUGACCUUAAACGGGGUCGCGCACCUGAACCUCAGAAGAAAGGGGGCAGGGACCUGAAGGAGAACUUAAUUCCUGACCUCCAGGAGCCUCAGGCGGGUGAGAAGAAGAGCAGAGAGGAUGGGGACAUGGACCUGCGGAGGAGGCGCAGGGCAUUAGGGGCUGAGGACCGAGGGGUGCUCGAGUCUGUGCUGGAGAUGGGGGGGUUGGACCUCCAUGCUGCCCUGGAGGGUCAGCUACUGGCUGGAGGUGUUGUUCACUCCCGCCAGAUUAAACAGACUACACAGAGAGAAAAUUCAGAAUAGGAGGACUAUUUAUCAUUCACUUACACACACAUGCACACAGACACACACACUCUCUCUUUUCUCUUUCUUCAUGGGUUUCUUCUUGUUCUUCUUUUUAACAGUUACCAGCCCUGAUAUUGUGCAAUAUAUUAAAACAUAUACGGUAGAUACGUUUACAUUCACUCCAGGUCUAAAAGGAAAAAGAUGAGUCGCAUAAAUAUAUAGCAUUUGAUUGAUGCUCUUAUCCAGAGCGACUUACAUUUGAAUCAUGUUACACAAUUAGAAGAAUGUAGCUUUAGGAGUCUAACCCAUGACUCCUGUUGGUGUAGUGUGUUGUGCUUGCCUAGCUGAGGAAUCCAACCCUUCACUACACCAACCACUAGUUUUUCUCUAAGAUGGUAAAGUCUUUCAAAUAAAACUGUUCUACUUGUACGUUCAAUUUAGAUUAUUUUUCAGCACAUAUUCCACCAACGGAAUAUAACAAAGGACUUAACCGCUCUUCUUCUUGAGGUCAGCAGACCUUCUUCAACUCUGCAGUAGGUCAUGUCCUAGAACAGCUUAGUGGCUGCAGAGACAAUAUUCAUUGCUGUACUGUAAACUUCCUGUUCUUUGCUUUCCUUCCUGUGCCGAGUGGUUAGGGGCACCCUUUCGGUAGGGUGUUCUAACUGUUUGCUUUUAAUGUCCUUCGAACACAUGAAGAAUAAGAUGAAGAUAUCUUUGCUGUGCUGUUUGUAUGAGGCCAGGACAUGGAUUUGUGGGACCUAUACUGUGUUUUAUCAGUUUUGUAGGUUAUAAAAUGAUUUUAAGCUGAAUGUGUUAAACAUAGCUCUAAAGUGAGAGAGAACUGGGCGCUAGAGGUGAUUUUCAAGUCUCUUAAACUGAUUUCAGGACCCAACACUGUAAAAUCACCCAAGUUGCCAGCUGUGCUCAGUUUAAGUUAAGUUAAUUUUUUAAAGGAAAUAUUACUUGUGCGUCUCUACCGAGUUCCACAUACUAUUAAACUAAGACUCGUGUCAAAGACAGUGUUUGGAAGGCUAAAGGCUAGAGGUAGUAUAUACUUUCUGUUAACUAUGUGUUUGUGUUGGUUGUGCACAUAAUUGUCACACAUGUAAGGUUCAAUACACAAAAAAUGGUAGGGGCAGUGCAGGCACUCAGCAGCAUCAAAAUGACAGAUCGUUUUGAGUAAAGGUGGUGCGUCUCAAUUGCAUACUAAUUGCUAACAUUAGCUAGUUUUUGAGUAUGUAGUGUAGAGAACAGUUUCAGGGUUGAGUAUACUCAAAUAUACAAUACAUACUCAGAACUGGUCGGCUAUUAAGUGUUCCUUCUGGAAUUGUAUUAUUAAAAACGGCAGCUAGAGAACUUGUUGCGAUGUAUAUUUGCGUAGCAAUGCCUUAUCAUUUCCUGUUAGUACAAAAUGGGUUUGUAUGUUAAUAUGUUGUGUACUAACAUGACACCCCAAACCUGAUUAGUAGGAUGCAAUUGGGAUGCAGCCAGGCUGUGUGACCAAUUCUCCAAUUACCUGCAUCUUUAUGAUUGGUUCUUGCUACUGGAGCAAGUAGUAGCCUCUUGUGGAGGCAGUUACAUUUUCAUUGCAGUCAGCCGUUUAUACAAACCCAUGAUCAAAUAGCGAGAGUAUCUCUAGCCUUACAAGCAAAUUAAAUAUAUUCCUCCUGUACUGCCUGUACUCUCCCAGCACUCAUCCAGAUGUGGCUAAUCCGUUAUGGCCUUUUUGUCCACAUAGAUAAGGGUUUAUUACUGAACAGGGGAUUAGCUGAUAUGAAGUGCUGUAAUAAGAAUGUUUUUGGAAUGUUUGGAGCACUUUGCAAAUGUUCCUUUAUUGUUUAUAAAAAAAAACAAAGUAACAUCACCAAAAAACAGAAUUGUAAAAUCAUUCAUUCAAAGUUUUAUGCAAAUUCUAUUUUUGUAGACCAAAAUAUUUUGUAAUUUAUUUUUUUCCAUUCCAAACAAAAAAAUACAAAGCAGCUCUCCCCAAAAUCAUAGUUAGUUUGUUACAGCUAUAAAACUUUGUGUAAAUGUGAAAGAAGUAUAAAAAAAAAAAAAAAAAAAAAAAAAAAAAAAAAACGAGUGUAUCUUAAUAUUUAUUCUUGAUGUAGUCAAGUAGACAUUUUCUAAAGGCACAAUCGGGAAAAAAAUGGACCAAUUGUACAGGUAUAAAUUCCAUGUUUGUUUUUGAAAAUAUAUCAAGAGUAUACAAAGUAUGCAAUUCAGUUCUAUUCCAAUUUGCAUUGAAUUACAUUGCUGUCUGUGCAAAUCCAUUAUCUUUCCAUGGACCAUCUACAGUCCUUAUUCUUGGCUAUGAAUGUUUUGUGUUUUCAGUGCCUUAUUUGUCAGUCGUGUCCACUCUUUAAGAGGGUGAGAGAUGCUUGCUCCUCCAGGUUGCCCCCUAUAGUUCCUGUUCACUGACUGUACUGUAAAAGACUUCAUUAAUGUUUCUAAUGUGUAAAGCAGUGAUGAACCCUCUUGUGUUAAACCUCAUUUGAAAUUGGACCUGAGCUUUUAUUUUGUUUUAUUUUAUGUGUUUGGACAUUUGACCAAGCAAGGAGCAUACAUUAGACAUUUUUCAGUCAAAAAGCCUUUUAAAAACACUGUGAGCUACAUCUCUUCUGUGCUUCGGGAAUAAAAUCUGAUCUGUACAUAC